GCGGCGCUGUUGCCCAGUCGGCGGGAGUUCCUCCAACUGUCUUCUCGUGGCGCGAUCCUCGAGCUUGAAGCCUCUCUCUACCCUCGGCGGCAGCAGCGGCCGCGGGGGCGGCAGCAGCAGCAGGAGGGAGCCGAGGCGAGCGGUCGGCGGGCUCCAUGGAGAGCGGCAGACGCCCGGGCAGAGGCAGCGCUUCCUCUCCGGCACCCGGGCUCCAGUGACCGACGCUCGCGCACUGCCCCGCGUCUGAGCGGCCGCCGGCUCCGGGACUGACCGGCCUCGCUGCCCCUUCCCCGCGCCGCCGCCUCGCCUCCCUGCGCCCCGACUUGCUCUCGCCCCGACUCCCCGGUGGGGUGGCGGCGGCCGGGCCCCCGCAGCGGCGGCCGGAGCAGCAGCGGCAGCAAGAGCCCGCCUCUAUGAUGAAGUUCAAGCCCAACCAGACGCGGACCUAUGACCGCGAGGGCUUCAAGAAGCGGGCGGCGUGCCUGUGCUUCCGGAGCGAGCAGGAGGACGAGGUGCUGCUGGUGAGCAGUAGUCGGUACCCAGACCAGUGGAUUGUCCCAGGAGGAGGAAUGGAGCCCGAGGAGGAGCCUGGUGGUGCUGCCGUGAGGGAGGUUUACGAAGAGGCUGGAGUCAAAGGAAAAUUAGGCAGACUCCUGGGCAUAUUUGAGCAGAACCAAGACCGAAAGCACAGGACAUAUGUUUAUGUUCUUACUGUCACUGAAAUAUUAGAAGAUUGGGAAGAUUCUGUUAAUAUAGGAAGGAAGAGAGAGUGGUUCAAAGUAGAGGAUGCCAUCAAAGUUCUCCAGUGUCAUAAGCCUGUACAUGCAGAGUAUCUGGAAAAAUUAAAGCUGGGCUGUUCUCCAACCAAUGGAAAUUCCACAGUCCCUCCCCUUCCCGAUAGUAACACCUUGUUUGUAACUGCUGCACAGACCUCUGGGCUGCCAUCUAGCAUAAGAUAGACAGGGUUGGAAGGACCUCUUCCACCAUGUGCAAUCUCAUGGGCAGAAGCUUCUUUAUUUUCCUUGGCAAACAUCUGAAUGACACUUGCAAACUGUCUGAAUUUGCCAUGUGGGGUUUUCAAACAAUUUGCAUGUUUUUCAGAUGCUUUCAAAUCUUUAAAAAAAAAAAAAAAAAAGAUAGUGUAAAAUAUUUUAAUAAGCCAAAGCCAUGUGGAAUUUUUUUUAGAUGCCUUAACUGUGCUCUCCCACCCAGCCCACCCACCUUGUUAUUUUGGUUGGCAUUUUCACUUUUCCAGUUUUUUUUAUCCAUUUGAUGUCAGUCUGUGGUUUUUGUCAGAUCAACUUACUUGUGGGUAUAUUAUCCCCCUAGAUUAUUUUCUCAUUCACAACAUUAACAUAUUCAGUGAAUCCAUUUGCCAACUCAUUUAUCUGAAUUUUCACAACUGGUAUGUCACUAGCUACCUGAUUUGGCCAAUUCCCUUAUGACUCACAAAGUUAAAACACAAAGUUUUAACUCUAUAGGGCUGGUGAUUUUUAGGCAGUUACUGUAAGCAAAAUGCAUGUAGUAGAUAUCUUAUCAUGAAACCUGUAUUCAUGGAACUUGAAUUAGGAUGCUCAGUUGCCAAUUCCCUUUAUUCAUAAUCUGUCUUUACACAGAACACACGAGAACCGUAUUUCCCUCAAUGUAAAUUGCUGCUUUUAAAAAUAUAUUUUUAGUUUGAAUUUAGUGACAUCUCUUCAGUUAAACUUGCUGGUUACCAGUAACCACCUUAAAUGCCAGUCAGUGGUGACUGCAUCACAAUUGAAUGAAAUGGCCUUUUUGUUCAGCUGUUACAGACCUAGGUUGUUAGGGUGCCUUAGAAUGUCUCAUCUUUUAUAGGUGGUCAGCAGGUAGGUACUGUUUAUCAUACAACUAACUACUGGGGCACUGGAACGUACCUGGACUAAGAAUUAUUUUGUCUUGUCUUUGUAUUCACGUAAAUCCAAGAAUCCCAUCUAAAACACAUAAAUACCUAGUCUGAAAUGCCUGUACUUCCCCAACCAAAUCAGAAAUGAGGUGGGGCAAGUAAAAGAUGGUUCUCUAUGUAGAUGUUAGCUUUUUGUAAAUAUCGUAACUGGUGAGUAUAAAAUAGAAAUAAGCAUAGUUAGACAUUUGUUCUACAAAUUGUUAACCUUUAAAAAUAUAAUUGCUGCUAAAAAUAGUGCUGUUACACUUAAGGAAAAUCAGUGCCACUGUUUUGGAAAUGAGCUCUUGUGCCAUAAAUGCAGCUGAGCUACAUGGGAGUAUUAGUUCACAAAUUAAUGCUGUCAAAGGAAUGAGUAAGACAGAAAAACUUCAAACCAGUGACAUUUCAUUCUAAAUUAUGUAGUGUGAUCAGACAUGGUCAUCCAGAAUUUUUAUAUUCUUCUGUACAGAGGUUAUGUAUUCUGGGUGUUUUUUAAAAAGGAAGUAUUUAAAAUCCCACAGAUUGACACUUUGUAUAAAUCUUCAAUGGACUGAGUUUUUUUUCUCAGCGGUCUCUGAAGUUUCUUUAAAUUAUAUACUUAACACAGCAGAGAAACUGGAUUGUUUUUGUACAUAACACUGUGUCCACCUGAAAUGUUGUCACAAGUACUGGGGGGCUGGGUAUCUUGUACAUGAUAUUCUUAGAGGUAAUAAUGCAUGAAUUUAUUUUAUAAACUCUUGGACUAUGUAUUUGACAUGUAAAAUAUGUACAGUAUUAAUGUCAGCCAUUUCUUAAAGGUGAGCCUAUAAAUAUUGUUGUAUAAUUUUCUUUGGUCAGUGACAUUUGGACUAAGUAGUGCCACUUGGGUCAGGAUUUUCUUCAGUGCCAUUUAGCAAACCACCCGUCUUUGGUCUAUGCAACUAGCAAAAAUUUGUAUAAUGCAUCAGAACACUUCAGAGUUGUCACACUUUAAAUUUCACAUGAAGGGUUCUUCACUAUUCUGGAACCCAGCCUAUCAAAAUUAGAGGAAAGGCCCUAAGAUUUAUUUCUAUUAAGAGAAAAAAGCCUACAUUUGCAGGCUGAACAGUUGAAUCUACUACAGAUAACAAAUAGUGUCUACUAUCUCAACCCUCCAAAGUUUACAGAGUGUUGGGACUGUCAUUUGUGUUUUCUGUGGGGUAGUUGGAUAAAAUUGGGCAGCUAAAAUUUUCAGUCCCAUGUGCCUCCUAAAUUAAAAAAAAAAAAAAGUCUGUAAAUUGACUUGCAGACACAAAGUAGCAACUAGCCUGCAUGUUUGAUUUUGAGUUUUCUUAAUUUCUUCCUUUUUUUUGUAAACAGGUGAAAUUUUCCAAAUAGGCACAUGCUGUUCAAUUUUCUGUCAAUCACAUAGUUGUAUAAAGUAGCAAAACUGAAGGGGGAAUGAUUGUUGUAUACACUUUACAAUUGCUUUGCAUGGUCUCAUUUGAGAUAAUUGGUGUAAGAAUCUUGACUUUUUUUAUAUUUGGAAACAUCAAAUAAAAAAAUGGAAAUAAA